AAUAGAUUUAUUUGUAAAGUUGACACCACACCGCCAGCGUUUGCUCACAUGGUUAAACGUGUACAUGUAAGCUUAUACAGAUGCAAAUUAUAACAUGCUCUUUGCCUGAAUGAAAUUCCGCUGAUUUGAAUUCAAAUAUUUUGUUUGAUGGAUGGUUGGUAUCGACUAUUUUGUUGAAAUAGCAAGAUUGAUCAAAACACAAUCAUCUACCAUUUGUUUGAGAGAAGGAUCAAUCCGAGCACUUUUUGUUGGCUUGUGGAAUUUGGAUUGAGUGUUUUUGGAGUGCACUUAGGGUGUGUUGUUUGUGUGAAAGAAAUGCACAUUGACUGAUAUAGCCAAUUGGUUAGUGUUAGGUAACCCUGAACUGCAGAGGAGGCAGGGAAAAUCAUAAAUUAUUUCUGGGGUAGCGUUUCUUGUAUAUAUAGGCAUAAAUUUAUGCUGUGUGAUAGUGAUAUUGAAGAUCUCUCUUGGUUCUUUUCAUUGGGAUUUCAUAAAUUCUGAGCUGCGAAUUCAUAAAUUCUGAGCUUGUGUGAAUAUUCUUAAGGAUUUGGCAUGAUGAUGGAAACCAUGGCUUUCAGGCAUCUGAGUUCAGCAUCUGAUUUGGGUACCCCCAAAUCCAUCAAGAUGUCACAAACUAGUUAUUAUGCAAAGCCUGCGGUGUUCAGAAGAUUGCCAAGGCAACAUAAGAUGAUGAAAGUUGUUGUCAAUGUUCAAAAAGCCCCUAAAUUAGUGAAUGGCUUCAGUAAGCCCAAGGGCACAGAGCUGUUUGAAACAUCAUGGGUUAAUGAGUCUGGUUUGAAGGAUAUUUCAGGAUUAGCAGAAAAUGGAUUCAACAGGGCUGGGAGACUUAUAGAAGGGCGUAUGGUUUAUAGGGAGAAGUUUUUUAUUAGGUCUUAUGAGGUGGGGGCAGACAUGACUGGCUCAAUUGAGACAGUUUUCAAUCUUCUUCAGGAAAGUGCAGUGAACCAUGCAUAUGUAGGAGGAGUUUGCAGAGAUGGAUUUGGGUCUACCCACGAAAUGGCUCGUCUAAAUCUCAUCUGGGUUGUCACUCGCAUGCAAGUUCAAGUUGAUCGUUAUCCUUGUUGGGGUAAUGUUGUGGAAAUUGAUACUUGGAUAGCUUCAUCCGGGAAGAACAGUAUGAGGCGUGACUGGCUUGUUCGUGACUCUGAAACUGGCAGCAUAAUUGCACGAGCUACCAGCACCUGGGUUAUGAUGAACAAAGAGACCAGAAAACUCAUGAAAUUCCCAGAAGCAGUGAAAAAGGAGAUAUGCCCAUAUUAUUUAGAAAGGUCAGCGAUUGCACAAACAGAUGUCAAAAAGCUCGAGAAAAUUGCUGAAGGUUCUGCUCAAUAUGUUCUUUCCGGUUUGACACCCAAAUGGAGGGACCUGGACACAAAUUGUCAUGUGAACAACGUCAAAUACGUGGGUUGGGUUUUAGAGAGUGUGCCAGUGUAUAUUCUAGAGAGCCAUGAACUGGCAAGCAUUACCUUGGAAUUCAGAAGAGAAUGCGGGCAAUCACACGUCAUCCAAUCCCUUACCAGCGUGGACAAUGACGAGGCAUCUUCCGAUUCAACGUCAGCGCCAGGUGUUUCACAUUGUAGUGGAGUAAACAAGAAGUGUUUAAAUGCAUUACACUUGCUUCGAUUGCAAGAUAGCAGAGUUGAACUUGUGAGAGGACGUACAGAAUGGAGAUCGAAGACGCGCAAUAUUAACUGAAUAUUCAUUCAAAUUCUUUAUUUUUAUAUUUUUAUGUUAUUCCUCGUUUGGAGUGUAAUUCUAGUUAUUCUUUUGGGCAAUAUAGGUAUAUAUAUAUAUAUAUAUAUUUAAAUUUAUAUUUUUCCAUGAAACCGUGUGAGAUCCGCUUGAGUGCAUUGCACAUAGAGUGCCAUAUACAUUGAACCAUUUAAUGGUUAUAAAUAGUCAAUUCUAUUUUAUUCUUCUUUGAACAA